AUGUCUACCACCAGUUCGCAGUACAGGAAUGCCGCCCAAACUCCCUCGCACUACCAGGACUUCCCCACAAGCAACCACGACCCUUUGUAUGGCUUGGGCGCAUGGCAGCAGCAUCAUGCUUCCAGCCACGACUCGUAUGCUGCCGGCCCGUCAACGGCGCAAUUCCUACAGUACCCGGCAGUCGGAGUAGACUCCGCUGGUACGCAUCCGCAGUCUGCUCCAACGGCUUGGACUGGUUACGUCAGACAGGCACCUCUGGAGUGGCAGCACGCUGGACCUGAGCAGAACUACACGACGCGCUCGACCGUCCCCUAUUGUGAUGCUGAGGGGAGCGCGUCCGUGCCGCACCAAAUUCCCACAAUCCCGCGCCACUAUCAGCACCAACACCAGUACCAGCACCAGCCAGCGCUGGAUCUGGGGCACGCAUUACCCUUGGCUUCGCAGGAUCACGUCUUUCGCAGUACAGAGCGCUUUAACGAGCUGCGCGUUUCGUCAUCCCCCGCCAAUACGGUAGACCCACCGUACUCGAAUCAUGCUCAGAAGCUACCUCCAGUCCCACGACUCUCGCAUUCACAGCCGCAGACUGUUCUGUUGCACACGAACCACGCGCCACAGGUACCAUUGCAGCAUGAUGUCGCGUGGGAAGCACAUCAGCAGUACUCUGGUCAUGUUGGCGACGCUGUUACCACCCGAGCUCCAGAUACGAGGCACCAUAGCACAUCUACUAUCCCUUGGCCCAUGAACCCCGUCGAAACUUCCAAUGCGCCUGCUGUUUACGAGCCUCCUCAGACCAUGUCGCGGGAAUGGGCCGUCGCUGAAGCACCACCUGAUCAUGAACUUUACGCACGGCAACCGGUCCCAGUCGAUCAGACAACCACCCAUUUGUUGGCUCAGCAUAGACCACCGCCAAAGAAGAAAGCAGCCAAGGUUCCUUCGUCCUUCGUCGAGCGCCAGGAGAAGCUGAAGGUGUCCAAGCGGAAGGGCCCUCUCCAGGAAAGGCAGAGGGAGAAGACCCACACCAUGCGCAAGACCAAGCGUAUAUGCGUUCGUUGUAGAUUCUACAAAUCAGGGUGUGACGAAGGAGAUCCGUGUGAAAAGUGUGAGAAGAUCACAGGCCACGCCCGGUCCUUUCGCGAGCCCUGUUACAGGGAGCAUCUCGAAGACACUAGUCUUAUACGUCGUUGCAAUGGCCGCGAGCACCAAGAGGAAGCCGAGUUCCUUGGUUACGACUGGAUACACAACAGUCAACUCUACGAGAUGGAGAUCAUCUGGAACCUCCCCGGCUACGGUCCUAUACCGAACGCACAGCCUAUGCGUAUCGCCUUCCGGCCUUAUAGCCCAACGCGCGGCCCGCUUGAUGUCGCGACGUCCGUCUGGUCCAACCGGGAUGGACAGGUUCCGUCUGUCGAACAACCGGCCUACGCCAUAUACGAUACUGCGAAUCUCGUCCAGGCUUACGAACGCUACUUCUCCAGCCUUCAACCCGCGAUUGAGGAGUGGAUAUUUGCUCGCAUUCGGCAGGACGAAGUCGCCUAUCAUACCUACCAGGAGGUGGUACGCAUGCGAAGACUAAGUGGAAGCAAAGCCCUCGAUCUCGCUAUGCGACUCCAAUGUCUCUCCGUCGUUUCCCAGGGAUACGGUUCCGUCUUCUCGGAGAACAUACCUGGCAUACGCGAGUACGAUUAUCGCCGACUUGGCCGUAGCGACUACGAAGCCUACGACCGCAACUCAUGCGACCGCCCACUCCCUGGCGCCAUAACCCACCAAAUGGAUGUCGCGGCUGUGAAAUACCUUCGCAAGCUGGAAAAGCUUUUCGUCAAGGAACUAGUGGCGCUGAUUUUCAGGCCCAGGAUCAAGCCUUGGUAUGAGCUCUUUUUGGCAUUCUAUGUCAUCUUCUGGAAUCUCGAGUACAUCCAUCACGGUGCGCAAGACUACAUCAAGUCAAAGAAUGGCACAUUGCUCGAGAACCAGGUCAGCAACGUGGUGACCACUCAGAUCAAGAAGUGGGAAUUCGCUUUUCCAGUGCUGCUGUACCAUUGGCGCUGCAUUCUUCGGGGCUACUCCCCGUUCAAACUAGCACGCGACAACCCGGACGAGCUCCGGGAGCGAGGGCAUAUUGAUGCAGAAGGAUUCGCAUAUGUCACAGCCAUUGCCAAUCUAUUUGACCGAAAUAAGCCCGAUCGCUUCCAGCCGCCGCUUACCGGGUUUGCCGCAACGCACUGGUCCACCUCUAGUCAAUGGAUCGUAAAGCUUUUCAAGGAAGCUGGAGCGUAA